AUGUCUGGUAGAGGAAAAGGAGGGAAAGGCCUAGGAAAGGGUGGUGCCAAACGUCAUCGAAAGAUUCUUCGUGACAACAUCCAAGGAAUCACCAAGCCUGCCAUUCGUCGUCUCGCUCGUCGUGGAGGUGUCAAACGUAUCUCUGGAUUGAUCUACGAAGAAACUCGAGGUGUCCUCAAAGUCUUCUUGGAAAACGUCAUCCGUGAUGCAGUUACCUACACUGAACACGCUAAGCGCAAGACAGUCACUUCCUUGGACGUUGUCUACGCUUUGAAAAGGCAAGGACGUACCCUCUACGGUUUCGGUGGUUAA